GGCGACCAAGGCCGACCGGAGACUCCGAAGGCCGACAAUGUGGGUGCUCCGUGCACCCGAGAUGAACUGCGGCACCAUCUCCACCUUCUUAACAGCAGAAUCUGCCCACCGGCUUGUGCUUGAUCCCAAGCACAAUGCAGGAACCACUCAUUAACAACCUCCCCAAUGAGCUACUCACCUGGAUCUUUGAGAUCACGCCGCGCUAUGCCGAUAACAACCACCCGGGCUACACGGCCUGGCACCGCAGACUGGAGUAUUACCCAUGGCUGAGAUUCAUGCUGGUGUGCCGCCGAUGGCGCAUUGUGGGAGAGAGACUUCUCUACCGCAACAUGUCACUAAAGAUCCUCGAUGAGCCCUCGGAAUCUUUGACGCGGGUGACAAAAUCCCCGCAUAUCUGCCCGUUUGCUAGGGAUCUGCGUCUUACUGUCUCGUUGAGUAAACCGGUGGCGAACUCAACUUUAGAUCUGUUGCGGAAUUUUAACGCCGUGCGCAAACUGGACUUGACUGGCCGCCCGUAUAAAAUAGGCCGGGAGAUUCUCGAGAUCAUUCGGUCCAUGCCGUUGACGGAGGUGUCGCUGGGCGAACUUCCUUCGUUGAAUAUGAUUUUUGAAUUUUUUGACAUCCCCACAUUGACACACCUCUCGGUUUCUUCGUUGGAUAGGGGCAAGAAUUUCCAGUCCCCUCCAUCUGGCAGUGAGGAGAAAAAGCCAGCUUUGGAGGAAGAGGAAGAGAAUGUCUCGAACUCAUCACCGUCUCCAAACACGCCGACAGACACCAAGCCCACAUUAAAUGGCGAUGCUGCAGAGGGCACAAAGGCCUUGGAUGAACUCCUUCCAUCCAGUCGACAAAGGACAAGCAAAAUAACAUCUAUCCACUUUUCAUGCCCCUCGACCGGCGUGCAAGCGGCCCAGCAAUUAUUCCUAUGGCCUGCUCAUCUAGAGGAAGUGAAAAUCAGCUUAUUAACCACCGCAAAUACAUACGAAGAGUACACAGCGGAGGGCGUACAGAGUCUUCUCACACCACAGUCAGAGUCGCUGAGGAAGAUCGACAUUGGAGUCAUGACCCAGGGACGUGGCGGUAUCCCGGACUUCUCAAAUUUCCCCCGUCUCGAAGAAGUGACCAUCUCUUCAUAUAACCUCUUCCAUGACUCUCCGGAGGGUGCGCAUCAGAAGCUUUCCGCGCCGGAAUUGAAACGCUUAGAGAUCAGCUUCUCCCCGGAGGAGCUGUGGUCCGAGUCAUUGAAUGACUUUGGGGAAAAUGAAACGCUGUGGUUGGAGGAAUUCAUCGAGCUUGUGAAAGACGCGCCGGAAACGUCGAAAUUAAAGAACAUCUACGUCCGCUUCAAGCCGCAGCCUACAUAUCCGCCUCGCGAUGACGUUGACGAAUGGCCCUGGGACAUGUUCGAGGAGUUGGCGGAAGUGAGUGAGGAAUAUGGGAUUACGUUUGAAUAUGACCAGCCAGAGUUUUCCAAACGGCAAUUCUGUUAUAUAAAUGUCGUAUCGUUUUUUUCCACGUAAGUGGGUUGUGUUGUGUUCAGCAUAUGUUUAUAGACCGUGA